AUGCCGCCUGAAAUUUGGAGCCCGAGGGCAACAAUCCCUCGCGAGGCCGCCCUGCAACACUUUAGAAAGCAACUAAAGAAACACAACAAGUCAUUACUCAUCACCAGCCCUCCCUACACCGGCAAAACGCAUUUCGCCAGACAGCUUCAAAACGAGCCAGGAUGCGUUGCGGCGUAUUUUUGCGAAGCUGCAGACAGAAAAACGAAGGAUCCGGCAGUUAUUUUGAAGGACAUUGUACAACAAUUACAAUCUAGGCUUCCGGGUCUCAUCGCGCCAACGCUGUCUCAUAAUUCCUUGUAUGGGAAAUCGGAGUUAACGAUGAAACUUUUUCUCCAAAUACCGCUCGCUGCUCUCAAAGAUACGGAAGAGAUCAGCUUUAUGGUUAUUGAUGAUCUACCGAAAGAAGCGCAUCAGAUGGUUAUGCAGAUCGCUGAAAUCCUGCCAUCAUGGUUGCGCCUCGUAGUCUUGACAAGACCCGGAAAUUCCUUAUACCAAUUAAACAACUUUGAACACGUCGAGCUCUUCCACUCCCAAGUAGAACUCGUGGAAUUUAUAAAAAAAAACGCGCCUGGCCACAAUUCGAUUGAAGCUGUUUUCCAAAACUGCCUGGGCUCCUGGUCCUAUAUUUCAAUACUAGCGGCGUCUUAUGACGCGGGGCAACACAUAACUGAUGGUUACCUACCAAUUGGAACUGAACAACUAUGCCAUGCAAUUUUUGAGGUCCUACCCCCAGCCGCCAUUGAUCUUUUCAUAUUACUUCAAACCGCUGUAGAACCUCCUACAAAACGGCAGCUAGUCGAUUUAGCGUUGUAUAAUGAGACAAACCCGAACGACAUCAAUUUUCUACUAUUUAUGUGCAAAAGCCAGAAUCCCAAUAUUUUGACGAACGUCUGGGCUGAUUAUCCGUUGAAUCAAAAGGAGAUUGAGUCCGGCCACGAUCGAUGGGCCGCCUAUUACGGUAGUCUGGGCGAAUUUUCUAACGUCGCAAAACUAGCAUACCAUUUGGUGCAUGGGAGUUAUGAGCGUGACUGCCUUGAAAUACUGCGUAUGAAUAAUGUGCACGAUUUGGUGUUGCAUUGGUCAAUUUACGACAUGCAAACUACGUGUUUGCUUCUGGACGCGGGUGCUAAAUGGUGUCCCUGGAAAUUUCAGGAUGACUUUGUACUCUGCUGUACGGAAGGUGACAUCCACGCUGUUGCCGCUGCUUCCCAUCUAGCCAAUAAAAAAUCCCUCGGAGAAGGUCUCAUCGCUGCUGCCUCGCAUGGUCAUUUCCAAGUCUGCAAGCUUAUCCUAGAGCUCGAACCCACCACCGCUUUCUACUCCUCACCACGAAACUCCUACGACGCCAUCCGCGCCGCCGCCCUCAACAACCAGUGCGAAGUUGUGCGACUCCUGCUCAAUUACGUACCCGUCAAAGACAUCGGACGCAACGAUCGACACCCCCUGAAAACGGCGAUAUGGGCUGAUAACGUUGAGGUUAUGGACAUCCUCCUCCAAAACCAUGGCGAUCUCGAACAAGUGGAUUAUUCAAAAAAAACCCUACUCCUCAUCGCGGCUUGCCGGAAUAGCUGUAAUGUUGUGGAAUACCUAUUAAAAAGAGGCUGCAACAUAAGAGCAAAAGAUCAAGAUGGCAGAACGGCACUUCACUGCUGUCUCUACAAGGAUUUCAGAGGCCAAAAGCAUAGGGCGGUUGUGCAGUUGUUAAUAAAAUAUGGCAUCGAUCUCUCUGUCGUCAGUAAAGACGGGCUUCAAGCCAUCCAUGUAGCAGCUUACAACAAUUCGCCGGCUUUUAAAGAGCUUGCUGCAGCGGUUCCGGAUGUUAACAUACGAGAUCUUCAUGGAACUACAGCUUUAAUUCAUGCAAUUCAGUACUCAAACAAUUCUAUAGUUGAUGUGCUUCUUGAUAUGGGAUCCGACGUCAACCUUCCGGAUGCUAAUGGCAAAAGCCCAUUAAUGCAUGCAGCUUCUAAAGGCAACCGGAAAGUUGUAGAAAAGCUUCUAUCUUUUGGAGCAAAACUGGAGCAACUGGAUGAUUCCAACUCGUACGCCUUUCACUACGCGGCCGGUUGCCUUGAACCGGCAGUCGUUGAGGCUGUGUAUAUUGAAGAAGCUCUUGAGCACGAGAAUAAGGAGGGCGAGGUCCCGCUUUAUAUUGCUGUCAAUGUUGGUCAUACUGAGAUUGUAAACAAAUUGAUUCAAUGGGGAGCCUCAGUAAAUUACGUGAACAGAGCCGGAAAAUCGUUGACCCUGUUGGCGUUAUCAGAAGGAAAGAUCGAUGGAUGUGAAUAUCUGCUCGAGCUGGGCGCCGAUCCUAAGGCCGCAAAUCUACAGGGCCAAACCCUGGCUCAUCUUAUGGUCGAGCUCAGGAGCUUGUCCGGGCUCCAGAUGCUUCACCACUUCGCCGUACCCAUAGAUCGGGCCGAUUUUGAGGGGAAUACGCCGUUACAUUGUGCGGUUUGGGCCGAUCAGUAUGGGUUGGCAGAAUACAUGCUGGCGGAAGCCGGUGUUAAUCCGGAUCCGGCAGAUUCUAAGGGUGCCACCCCUCUUGCUGUCGCCUCUUACAAGGGUGAUGAGAACUUUGUGACGCUACUUUUGAAACAUGGAGCAAAUCCUAGACUUCGUGAUCAUCAAGGCCUCUCCUCCCUUGAUGCUGCUCAACAUGCCGGUCAUGUAGCCCUAGUCCCACUCCUUGCCCCCGGCACCGGCUCCGCUUUCUUUCCUUACCCUAGAAUGAUUCCAUUGUUCUCCCAUUCCCAUCUCGGCUUCGGUCUCCCCGCGAUUCGCCUACGCGCCAAUGCUACCCAAUUUCGGCUUCGAUUGCUCGAGCUUGAACGGUCGGCCCCCUCAGCUGGACCGUCUUUACAAAUGGAAAUGUACGACCGGCAGCAGUAUCCGCCUCGGUAUCCGGUGCAAAUCUACGAGCCGAGGCCGAAGGUGCUCCCCAUCAAUCAAGGCAGAAUUAAAGAUAGCCCACACUUCGUGCUCGCGCCGACAAGGCUGAUGAUACCGCAAAGCCCGACCAGCCCCUCAUCCUCGGCCCUGAAGCCUAUGCCCGGUUUUGCGGGCGUCGAUGAAGAUAAUACUCCUUCAGAGGCUCUAAGCCGUCUAUUCGAUAACUAUGGCGACUCCAGAACGCUGAAAGGUCUUCGCCACUUUUCCAAUAAAGUCAGCGAGAAAGUGAAGCAGAAAGUCAGCACAACGUACAACGAGGUAGCUGAUGAACUUGUCACUGAAUACUUUGAGUCAUUGUCGGAAACACCGGACACACAGUGUCAAACCUACGACAUGAAGAAUAUCCGCCGGCGGGUCUACGAUGCGCUCAAUGUAUUGAUGGCUGUAAAUAUUAUUGUGCGCCAAAGCAAAGUUAUUGAAAUUCGCUGGAAUGGCCUUCCGGUCAGCCCUGGGCAAGAAGUGAAAACAAUGAUUGCUGAAAAGAAGAAAAAGGAGAAGCUGAUUCGGAAGAAGUACCUGGAGUGUCACGCUCUAAUGAUGCAACUGGUUGCUUACACGAAUCUUGGCAAGAAAAACGAGGAGGGAGCCGCGGAAAGGGCAGCGAAAAGAGCGGCGAUAAUAGCUGCUGAAGAAGCAGAGGAUGCUGCUUGGGAGGCUGAACAAUUGGCUGCAGCCGCAGUGAGGGCCGCAGCGUACGCUGCUGGAGAAGAUGUGUGGGCGAAGGCAGACGCUGAGGGCAUCGUGAUAAACGAUCCCUCAAACCCUGACGAUCCAAUUCCCUAUCGUCGGAUACGUCGGCCGCUCCCGGAACCUGAUUCCCUAGUGCCCUUCCUUCUUUUGACUAUAGACGAGGAGGAUGAGGUUGAAAUCGAGUUCGCCAACGAUGACAGCUACUGCGACAUGCACUUUGAGCAUCCAUACGAAAUGUUUGAUGAUAUCGAGGUGCUGAAGCGCAUGGGUCUGACCGCUGGAUUGGAAUCUAAAACUACGUUCUCGGUCGAAACCCGGGAAGCUGCCAAGGCUGUACUCCCCAAGAAAUCACACGAUUUUGUCACAAAAUUGCUUGAUGAAGUCGAGCAGCUUCGGGCGAAUGAGAAAAUGGAGAAGAUUCGGGAGCAGAAUGCUUUGCAUCAGCAGACGUAUGCGUACAAUCGACCAUCGGCAAUCUCGCGAGUUGGUGGUGUCUCCAUGCAGUCCGGCUUCAAGCCGCGCAACAACUUCCUGCAACAACAGCACCAGAAUAUACCCUCGACUUCGUACGUACCGUCUGCAAAUACUUAUGUGCGCCAGGAAACAAAAGUGCAGUAUUAUAUCGAGGCUGAGGGCCAAGCAAUGGGUGGGAUGGCGGAAGACGUUCCGUUUGACCAGGAUUAUGCACAAAUCGUCGACGACGAACUAUUAUCUCAGCAUAACGUGGCCCUGCACGACUCCCGGCAAUAUCGGGUUGUAUAUACAAAUGAAAACAAUCGUGACGCCGAUUACACAUCCUACUUUGAAGGUGUUGAAUACCUGGAAGAUGUUGGAGCCACCGAAGAAAUCGAAUACGAA